GAUUAGCAGCAUUCUGUGUAAAAGUCGUGCGAGGAAGAGUCUCCUUCUGCCUCGGUUAUGAGCUCAUCGAUAUUGCCUGGACAUUUCGUGUUUAUACAUAUCUCCAUGGCAUUUUCUUCUUGAGUUUCCGAUCGCCGGAAACCAGAUUUUGCUGAAGGCCCACCUGUGAUUCGGGACUUGAUAAAGAUCGAAGGCCGAGUUCUUGAAAGGUUCUGUAGGCUACAAAGUUGAUAGCUUCCCUGGCAGGCGGCGACGUUCUUAUGGCUUUCUGUCUAUUGGAAUCUGGUGUCGGCUCUGGUGAAGUUAUUGCAAUUAAUAUCCUCAUCAAUUGAAGUUUCGAUUUUGGGAAACUCGUAAAUCUUCCAAACAUGGCACUUGCUUCUACCGAAAAAGUGAUUCUCGGGUCUAUUGCCUUUGCGAUAUUUUGGGUAUUGGCCGUUUUCCCGUCUGUGCCGUUCCUACCCGUAGGAAGAACUGCAGGUUCGCUCCUUGGAGCGAUGCUUAUGGUGAUUUUCCGGGUCAUAACCCCAGAGCAAGCUUACGCUGCGAUUGACCUCCCAAUCCUUGGCCUUCUCUUUGGGACGAUGGUGGUUAGUGUCUAUCUGGAAAAGGCCGAUAUGUUCAAUUAUCUGGGUAAAUUGCUCUCCUGGAAAAGCAAGGGAGCACAUGACUUGCUUUGUCGGAUUUGUUUGAUCUCCGCCGUUUCAAGUGCUCUCUUCACAAAUGAUACGUCUUGUGUUGUUCUGACUGAGUUUGUGCUUAAAAUAGCUAGGCAACACAAUCUCCCGCCGCAUCCUUUUUUACUUGCCCUCGCCUCGAGCGCCAAUAUUGGGUCUUCGGCGACUCUCAUUGGGAAUCCUCAAAAUCUAGUCAUAGCUAUCCAGAGUAAGAUCUCAUUUGGGAGUUUUCUCGUCGGACUCCUUCCUCCAAUGCUGAUCGGGAUUCUUGUCAAUGCGCUGAUUCUUCUAUGUAUGUACUGGAAGCUACUGUCCAUCCAAAAGGACGAAGAAGAUGCAGCUGCUGAACUAGUGGCCGAGGAAGAUGUGAGUUCUCAUCGAUUUUCACCCGCCACAAUGUCGCACUUCACAUCCCUAAACUCGCAGGAAGGGAACUCUAGGUUCGAGCCAAUGGACAUACAGAGCCCUCCCUCAACCGUAAAUGGGAAUGCAGAUCAAGUCGAGUCGCGUAGAACAAUUUCUUUUUACAAAGUAGGCCCUUCCCUGUCGACUUUUUAUGAGAAUGAAAUUCCCCAGGUCUCAAGCAGUGCGCCUGCCUUGGCAAGGAACUCAACUGCAUCGGAAGAGACGCCUCACAACGGUGCUUCUCAGAAAAAGCAUGAAACGGCUGCCUCCGAUUUUGUCGUAUCCGUCAAUGGGUUGAAUGAUGUGUUUCCAGUGAAGCAUAUGGAGGAGAAGGAAACACUUUCCUCUAGAUAUAAGAGGAUUUUGUGGAAAUCACGCGUUUACCUUGUCACCGUCGGUAUGCUGAUCUCUUUGUUGAUGGGUCUGAAUAUGUCUUGGACAGCUAUUACCGCCGCCUUGGCCCUUGUAGUUCUUGAUUUUAAAGAUGCUCACUCUUGCCUAGAGAAGGUCUCCUACUCUCUGUUGAUAUUCUUUUGCGGAAUGUUCAUCACGGUGGACGGAUUCAACAGAACUGGAAUUCCAAGCACUCUAUGGGACUGGAUGGAGCCACAUGCCAAAGUCAAUCGCGCCAGCGGGAUAGCUGUUCUUGCUGUUGUCAUUUUGGUGUUGUCAAAUGUCGCUUCGAAUGUGCCAACUGUUCUCUUGCUUGGGGGACCGGUGGCUGCGUCGGCGGCUGCUAUUUCAUCCGUGGAAGAGAAGAAGUCAUGGCUCAUAUUAGCUUGGGUGAGCACCGUCGCAGGGAAUCUCUCACUGCUCGGAUCGGCGGCCAACUUGAUUGUGUGCGAACAGGCUCACCGUGCCCCAGAUCUUGGCUACACUCUGUCCUUCUGGAACCAUUUGAAGUUUGGAGUCCCUUCCACCAUUAUUGUAACUGCUAUAGGUUUGAUGCUGAUAAGAUGACAAGAAGUAACUGAUAGCAUCUCAUUUGUAUGACAGAUCAGACUUGCAUCUGAAUAUAAGUGAGAUUUUCCUCAAAUGAAUGAACUCUUAUUCAGAUUCUUCA